UUUUCGUCUGCAACACACAUACAACGCACACUCCGUCGAAAUCCCUAGUUCUCUCUGUUCAUGAUCCGUCCUGGAAUCCACGACGAUGCCUAGCCCUAGCUCCGCCGCAAAAGACGAUUCAGCCACCGAUUCUGACCUCCCCUCCGCCUUCCCCGCCGGCUCUGACACCGAGUCCGAUACCGAGACGGAGACCGAGGACGACCUUUCUUGCCCUCCCGCCUCGAGCCCCUUCGAAGUUGGAGAGAAAGUCCUCGCCUCCCACAGCUCUAGCAUCUACGAUGCCAGGGUGCUUAAAUCGGACUAUCGAUUCAAGGAAUGGAAGUUUUUCGUGCAUUACAUGGGUUGGAACAAGAAUUGGGACGAGUGGAUAGGUCUAGAUCGUCUGAUGAAACGUACCGAGGAGAAUAUCAAGAAACAGGAGGAACUUAAUAAGAAGCUAGGAACACUAAAGAAUGCAAUGGCUUGGAGAGUGUCACAGAUGAAACCUAGAAGCCCUAAUGUUGCAAGAGGAAGAAAGAGAAAGCAAGAUUCCAUUGAUAAGGAAAAAAAUGCAGCUUCGUCAGACAAGCUUGUAACUUUUCACAUUCCACCGGCUUUAAGGAAGCAACUAAUUGAUGACUGUGAAUAUGUUACCCACAUGAAAAAGCUUGUUAAACUUCCUCGUUCUCCGAACGUGGAUGACAUUUUGAAGAAGUAUGUUGAAUGGAAAACAAAGAAACAUGGGGGGGUAACUGACUCAGUUGGGGAAAUUCUGAAAGGUUUGCGUUGUUACUUUGACAAAGCGUUGCCCGCAAUGUUGCUUUACAAAAAUGAACGCAAGCAAUUUGAGGAAACCAUAUCCAGUGAUGUUUCUCCCUCAACUGUGUAUGGGGCCGAGCAUUUGUUACGCCUUUUUGGUAAGGUCAUCCUUCUUCAUUUUUCUGUUAGAGUUACUCUAUUUGUGCUUAUCAUGUCAUAGCUUAUUUUUGCCAUUUCUUAGCAGGUCAGUUGUCUUGACUCUUAGUGUGAAAAUCAAGUCGGUUUCAUGACUUGCUUUAUUUCCUCCUAUUUCUCAAAGCUCUGUAAUGACAUUUUCCUUGUCUUUGGUUUAUAGUUCUUCCCAAAAAACGAAGAUUGUUUACUUGGUAGGGAAGCUGAAAAUGAAAAAUCUAGCAGAAAAAAUAACUACAUACCAGGGAUACUUAGCUCCCUAGGUGAUGAACUAUCUUUCGAUACAAAUUUAACCCUUGAUAUGGCUUUCACAGUAAAAUUGCCCGAGUUGCUAAUCCAUGUAAAUUUGGCGGAAGAGACGUUAAAGGAACUGCAGCACAGCUUUGUCGAUAUUCUCAGGUAAUAGUCACUAGUAUUUCUCUGUUU